CAGCUACUUCGCCAGCCACUUCAUCAUGGGAGGGGAGAAGUUUGACUCCACGCACCCCGAAGGCUACCUGUUUGGAGAGAACAGCGACCUGAACUUCCUGGGGAGCAGGCCGGUCACGUUCCCCUACGCGGCCCCGCCUCCCCAGGAGCCCGUGAAGACCCUCCGAAGCCUCAUCAACAUCCGGAAGGACACGCUGAGGCUGGUCAAAUGUGCGGAGGAGGGGAAGGGCCCCGGAGAGGAGGCCGGCAAGGCCAGGGUCCACUACAACGUGGAGUUCACUUUCGACACGGACGUGCGCGUGGCCAUCACCAUCUACUACCAGGCCACCGAGGAGUUCCAGAACGGCGUCGCCAGCUACAUCCCCAAGGACAGCAGCCUGCAGUCGGAGACGGCGCACUACCGGCGGGGCGUGUGCCAGCAGUUCUGCCUGCCCUCCCACACCGUGGACCCCUCGGAGUGGGCCGAGGACGAGCUCGGCUUUGACCUGGACAGAGAGGUGUACCCGCUCGUGGUCCAGGCCGUGGUGGACGAGGGAGACGAGUAUUUUGGCCACUGCCACGUGCUGCUGGGCACUUUCGAGAAGCACACGGACGGCACCUUCUGCGUCAAGCCCCUCAAACAGAAGCAAGUGGUGGACGGGGUCAGCUACCUCCUCCAGGAGAUCUACGGAAUCGAGAACAAGUACAACACUCAGGAUUCCAAGGUGGCCGAGGACGAGGUGAGCGACAACAGCGCCGAGUGCGUGGUCUGCCUGUCGGACGUGCGGGACACGCUGAUCCUGCCCUGCCGCCACCUGUGUCUCUGCAACUCCUGCGCCGACACGCUGCGCUACCAGGCCAACAACUGCCCCAUCUGCCGGCUGCCCUUCCGGGCCCUGCUCCAGAUCCGAGCCAUGAGGAAAAAGCUGGGCCCCUUGUCCCCCACCAGCUUCAACCCCAUCAUCUCGCCGCAGACCUCCGACUCGGAGGAGCACUCGUCUUCCGAGAACAUUCCGCCGGGCUAUGAAGUGGUGUCUCUCCUGGAGGCCCUCAACGGGCCCCUCACGCCGUCCCCCGCGGUGCCCCCGCUCCACGUGCUGGGGGACGGGCCCCUCUCGGGCACGCUGCCCUCCUACGGCAGCGACGGCCACCUGCCGCCCAUCAGGACGCUGUCCCCGCUCGACCGCCUGUCCGACUGCAGCAGCCAGGGGCUCAGGCUCAAAAGGAGCCUCUCCAAAUCCAUUUCCCAGAACUCGUCCGUGCUGCACGAAGAGGCGGACGAGCCGUCCUGCACCGACUCCGAGGGGCCCCCGGCCCAGCGGCCGGCGCAGCACCUGGGCGAGGAAGAGGGUGUGACCCCAGAGAGUGAGAACCUCACCCUGUCGUCCUCAGGGACCAUCGGCCACUCGUCUUGCACAGGGACGCCGCUGUCCUCCACCAUCUCCUCCCCAGAAGACCCUGCCAGCAGCAGCCUGGCCCAGUCGGUCAUGUCCAUGGUGUCCUCCCAGAGCCAGCACUCCCAGAUCAGCACCGACACGGUCUCCUCCAUGUCCGGCUCCUACAUCGCCCCUGGCACCGAAGAGGAGGGAGAGGUCCUCCCUUCCCCUGGGGCCACCAGCAGGGCCCCCUCAGAAGAAGGAGAGGCGAUGCCCGGGGCGUCUCCAGACCGCAACUUUGUCGGCCUCGCAGAGGAGCAGGAUGCUGAGGGAAAUGACGUCAUCGAGGAAGAGGACGGACCUCCCACACAAGAAGAUGGCCGGAGGACAUGCGCGUUUCUAGGUAUGGAGUGUGACAAUAACAAUGACUUUGACGUCGCCAGCGUGAAAGCACUGGACAAUAAGCUGUGCUCUGAGGUCCACUUACCGGGUGCCCGGCAGCCCGAUGAUAACCGCGUCAGUCGUCGGAACUUGCCGCGCCGCCGCCUGUCUGCCAGCAGCCUGGAGGACCCCGAGAACAGACCCUGCGUGUGGGGUCCCGUGGCUGUCUGAGAGCCCUGCCCGGCCCCCACAUUCCAUCCUGGCCUCACUGGGCCACCCGCCUUCUGGGCCCCCCGCAGGACACAGCAGACUGUAUAUGGGGAGAGCCGGCCGCCCCCGAACCCGCCCCCUUCCCGCCACCGGGCUGAAGCCCCUUCGCCCCCCCCCCCCCGCCAGCUGGGGCUGCUGUACCCGUGGGCAGCGGCUCCUGCACCCUCUGCAGAGACGCUCGGGACUGUUCCACCGUGGCCUGGUCUUUGGGAGGAGCUGGGGUCCACAGCCCCCCCUUUUCCAUGCACCUUUUCUCUCCUGAAGGGGUAGGCCAAGCAGACCGGGUGGGCAGCUCCAGGACCAGCUCCCCUGCAGCGCCUGCUCCCUGGUACAUUCCCAGUUUGAACCCCAGUUUGGGUGGGGCUGAGGGGUGGCUGCUGCAAGAAGGGAAAGCGUGGCCCCUGGAGUUGCCCUCAGGAAGCAUCGGGACCCCCUUCCCGAGAGCGAGCGUCCCGCCCAGGGCAGGUGGGCAGAGCCGUCUGGCUUCGGCAGCGGAGCUGGUCUGGGCCCCGGGGGUCUGCCUAGAAAGGGGACCUCGAGUCCGAGACUCCACGACUUAGCCGCUGCCCUCUGGAGGGUCUCUCCUGACCAGCUGCAGGGCUGGGACCCCACCCAGGACCACACUUGGAAGCUCGCCCACUCUGCCCGCAUGCGCCAGGCCCGCGUGGAGCCAGGCAGGCGUCCCUGGUCCCGCCACCCCCUCUGCACCCCUUUUUGUUUAUAGUUGAGCUAGGCUGAGGCGUGGACCAGCGAGUCCCACAUGGGUUCCCAGGAAGCCCAAAGGAAGUGGGUGGGGGCUGCUGAGCAGGGCACCCCCACCCCACCCCCGCCAUCCAGACCUGCUGAGCCUGAGGGAUGGGUGAGGUCACCUUCCGUGGGCUCAGCAGCCACACAGAGGCUGGCAUCGCCCUCGUGGGUCUCGGCCCAGGGAGUGGCGCCUGAACACAGCUGGACCGUGUGGCCGGAGCCUCUCCUCGCGUGACCGGGGCUGUCAGCAGCCCCGGUCAUCCUUGGGUGGCUGCUAUGUCCGAUGUCUUUGGGGGUGGGUGGAGCACGAGACUAGGAAGACAGGACCGCGCGAGGCAGAGCCUGAGGCCUGUCACCCCAGAGGGCUGGGCAGCACCCUCCACGGCUGGCGGCCUCAGAGACAGCCAGGACCCCAGUGCCCGGCGCCCUCCGUGUGGCCUGUGGCCGCAGAGUGGGGGGUGCUGGGCUCAUGCUGUCUCCGGGUGGCUCAGGUCCGCUGUGGCCCGAACCGUGUGGCACGGGCCUGCCUGAGCCUCGGAGUUUCUCCCACUCCCCGCUGCCCUCAGGCCCCACGUCCUUUCCCGCACCCUCCCUGUCCCUGUCAGACUGGGAAUUGGAGCAGGGACCCUUCUUCCUGAGUUCCCUGGCGGCAGGGCGGGCCCCAGGAGCGCCUCCCUGGCUGGAGGCCACACGUCUCCCCUCCCUGUCUCCUUGCCUGGGCCUCUUGCUCGCCCUGCUGGAGGGCCUGUCCUCACCGCACAGCCCAGCUCUCGGGGAGACUGGACAAGGCGUCAGGCCUGACUUCACAGCCAACACAUCCCUGGCUUAGAAACCCUCUGCCCCUGCUCCCAUCUCUACCUUGCUCUCAUUUAGCAGAAAUGUCUCACCCUGGGCGGCUGGACCGGGGUCAGCCAGCCCCCUCGCCCCGUCGAUCAUGUGCAGAGGUCACUUCGGCAGUUGGCUGGGCCUGGCUUGCGCAGACACCACGCCAGGUCUGACACGCCGCGGGCAGCCCCCCACGCAGGGCCUCCCCUCGCCCCCACCUCCACCCCCCCACCCCAGGCUGGUGCCCUGGUGGCCUCGGGGCCCACACACUUCCCCCGCGCCAUCUCCCUGGGCAGAGUCCGGCUGCCCAGCCCUGGUGAGUUGCCUCGCUUUGGGGCCUGCCGCCCAGUGGCUGCAGCGGUGCGCUGUUGUGCCACCUGGGCGCCCCCGGUACCCCCUGGAUCUCAUGGGCAGGCGACUGGGGACAUCGAGGACGCAAUAUUUACGGAUUGCUGCAUGAUUCUUAAAGUGAAUAAAACUGUUUACAAGGGAAGGAGUGACCCACGG